UUCUUAUUUUCGUAUGCAGUUGUGAGGGUUUCUGAUCGAUUUUUGCCUGGGAGCGCUCUUUCUAGAAGCCGAAGCAGCGAAAAGAUAUCAUUAUUGUUUGAUUCUCGUUCGCCAGGAUGCCAUCGUGGGAGUCAGGUCGUUUUGUCUAUCGUGUCGAGAGCGACCACUCCAGGGCUCAAAUGAUCGAAGACUUGGGGAUCCUGUCCGAGGGAAACCAAUGGGUCCCAUUUCGACCCCAGGACUGGAGGCAAAGGUCGGACUUGCAGGUUGAACUGUGGGUACACCUCAACUGGGGGAACCGGAGGCCGACUGCAUUUAUUUCCACUUCAAGUGACCGGGAAUGGGCGUUUCAUGAGGCCAAGAGACGCCGACGUGCUGGGGAGACGAAUGUCAGGGUGCACAUGAUUGAUGCUUCCCGUCUGGGGGCGUAUAGAUCCCGAGAGGGGCACAAGGUGACCGUCAUGAAGUUGGAUACAUGGCUCAAUGUGGCCAAGACUUAUCUUCCUGAGUACGCCGACUUUCCGUGCUCGGAGAAUGAAUAUCUGUUCCUUCAUUGUAUUCCAGAAGAUUUGAUUGUCAAAACUUGGUGGUGGUGAUGCUUGGUGAUCGGGAAUUGGGAUGAGAAAUGGUGCGAGGCGGGAUGCAGUUUGUUGGUCGAUAUUAGUGGUCUGAGUUGAAUUCUAUUCAAGUUGCUGAUGGGUGGAAAUCAGGCAGGGGCAGGUAGAUCAAAUUCAAUUUAUUUUCUUUGA